GUGAAUCAAUUUUUGAAAAAUUAACUCUUUCGGUUUGCUCCAUGAGCACAGGUCCAGAUAUUCUGAUUCCAACUCGCACAAACCCUAUCUAAUAGCUAAUACCUUGCCAUCAUCCUCCUUUUCUUCCCCUCAAUUCAGAGUUUAUUUUUCUGUGAAUAUUCUGAUUCGAUUUCUCUUCGACCGAAACCUUCCUCCUCCUCCGAAGAUGACGACCGCUGCUCGGCCCACAUGGGCACCGGCUAAAGGUGGCAACGAACAAGGCGGUACCCGAAUUUUCGGUCCCUCUCAGAAAUACUCCUCCAGGGACAUCGCAUCUCACACCACUCUCAAGCCAAGGAGAGACGGACAGGACACACAGGAUGAGUUAAAGAGAAGGAACCUGCGUGAUGAACUGGAAGAGCGUGAGCGAAGGCAUUUCUCAUCAAAAAAUAAAUCUUAUAUUGAUGACAGGGAUCAUGGAAAGAGUGGCCAUCUGUUUUUGGAAGGAACAAAGAGAGAUGUUGAAGGCCAUAUUGUUGCACGAAGUGUUGAUGCAGAUGAUUCUGAUGUUGAAGUCAAAAGUGAUGAAGAGAGUGAUGAAGAUGAUGAUGAUGAUGAGGAUGACACUGAAGCUUUGCUUGCUGAGCUUGAACAAAUAAAGAAGGAAAGAGCAGAGGAAAAGCUACGGAAGGAACGACUAGAGCAAGAGGAAGAGCUUAAAGUAAAGGAGGCAGAGCUUCUGCGUGGAAACCCAUUGCUAAAUAAUCCAGCAUCUUUCAAUGUGAAAAGAAGGUGGGAUGAUGAUGUCGUGUUUAAGAACCAAGCCCGUGGUGAAGCCAAGGCACCGAAGCGAUUCAUUAAUGAUACCAUCAGGAAUGAUUUCCACAGGAAAUUCUUGCACAAAUACAUGAAAUGAACCUUGUCUCUGAAACCCCAGUUGAAGAAACUUAUUAAUUUGCAGUUUGUUUGUAUCUAUAUGUAUGAUUCACUGUUGAUGGAUAUAUCGAUAACAUGCAACUUUGUAACAUCGAUUAUGCUUUGCUUGUUAGUGCCACCUGAAUUUAAGAAUCUAGCUCACCUCUUACCUGUUC